GACGCAGAAAAAAGGCUCUCUCUCUGUUCAGGUCAGGCGUAGACAACACAGGCUGGCGGCCGGCUUUCGUCAAGUUCUGAAACCCCGGGCGCCCAGUAAGUCGUUGAUCGCUGAUCGUGUCACAUCAAAAUUGACCUGCUAGGGAGGAAUUCAACUGCUUGGGUUCAGCUCAGGACGUUACAAAGUUUUUAUUAGUGUGAAGACAUCAUGGGGUCUUGGAGUAGCUGCUGUUCUUUGGUUGGAGUUGGCUUGACCCUACUACUUGGAAUUGGAUUGAUUGGUCAAGGCAUCGCUCUGGAGUGCAACUUCUGUAUCGGGAUCAACGCUUGCAAUGUUUCCGCUGAAGAACUGGACAAGGUUGAAUGUACAGAAAAGAUCGUGGAGCUGACAAAUAGGUCUCUGGCCACCUUCAUCCCUCCUCUUGCCUGGGUCGAAAGGGCGGAACGUGAUCAGUAUCAAUGCAUACACGUGCGAGCUACUUCACUCACCGAUACCACAUUCCUUUUCGUGCGAGGCUGUAUUUUCGCACCAACUUCGGUGGAUUUUUGUGACCUACGAUACGCGAGCUUCCGAGGAACGCGGGAAUGCGUGGCCUGCGAAGAUGAGGACCUCUGUAAUGACGUUCUCUCGAGUGGAGUCAACCAUAACUGGCACAGGUCAUCGGUCGUUUGGAUCACGUUGAUCGCAAUCCUUGUGUCAGUCAUCAACCCAACCAUUAAUCAGUUGUGCUGUAAUAAAAUGCUCUUUUGAUUAGUGUUCUCGAA